UGUGAUUUGUGAAAUACAGCAAUGGGUCGAGGACGCUUACUGUAGAGCAUUACUAUAAGCAAUUCUACUGUCAGCUGACAGCUUCGGAGCAUUGGUGUGAACUCUUUUCAACCCAGGGAAAACAUUCGCAGCUGGCCAUCACUAACGAGUAAAUUCGAACACUCUGACCAAGGCCCCAGGAGUCGGUGAGUGUUCCGAGUUUGGCCUUCUGCACUGCGCUCUCUGUCCAAGGCAGGGGAAAUGUCGAGCACAGCCAUGAAGAAAAAGGUGCUGCUGAUGGGGAAGAGUGGGUCAGGGAAGACCAGCAUGAGAUCAAUCAUCUUUGCGAACUACAUCGCUAGGGAUACACGAAGGCUUGGAGCCACGAUCGAUGUUGAACACUCCCAUGUGCGUUUCCUGGGAAACCUGGUGUUGAACCUAUGGGACUGUGGCGGGCAGGACACGUUCAUGGAGAACUACUUCACCAGCCAGCGGGACAAUAUUUUCCGCAACGUGGAGGUGCUGAUCUACGUGUUUGACGUGGAGAGCCGCGAGCUGGAGAAGGACAUGCACUACUACCAGUCCUGUCUGGAGGCCAUCCUGCAGAAUUCGCCCGACGCCAAGGUCUUCUGCCUGGUGCACAAGAUGGACCUGGUGCAGGAGGACCAGAGAGACCUGAUCUUUAAAGAGCGCGAGGAGGACCUGAAGAGGCUGUCUCGUCCACUGGCGUGCACCUGCUUCCGGACCUCCAUUUGGGACGAGACCCUCUACAAGGCCUGGUCCAGUAUUGUCUACCAGCUCAUCCCCAAUGUCCAGCAGCUGGAGUCCAACCUGCGCAACUUCGCCCAGAUCAUCGAGGCCGACGAGGUCCUCCUGUUUGAGAGGGCCACGUUCCUGGUGAUCUCUCACUAUCAAUGUAAGGAGCAGCGCGAUGCUCACCGCUUUGAGAAAAUAAGCAACAUCAUCAAACAGUUCAAGCUGAGCUGCAGUAAACUGGCAGCUUCCUUUCAGAGCAUGGAGGUGCGGAACUCCAACUUUGCCGCCUUCAUUGACGUCUUCACCUCCAACACGUACGUCAUGGUCAUCAUGUCUGACCCUUCCAUACCCUCAGCGGCCACCCUCAUCAACAUCCGCAACGCCAGGAAGCACUUUGAGAAGCUGGAGAGGGUAGACGGCCCCAAACACAGCCUGCACAUGCGCAUGCGCUAGAGGACACACACAGACACACACACACUUACGCACACACACUCAGGGGGCCUGUGCAUCAUGUUAGUCCCACACCUGUGGGGGGUGUCGCUGCUGCCUGCUGUCCUCUCAGCUGUGUGCGGCCGGCUUCUCCAAGACUUGUCUUCAUCAUCUUCAUCCUUGUCCUCAACUCAAUGACGAGAAGAGACACUUCAAACACUGCAGGCUUUUCCUUUUGCUUUCUCCACCCCGCUUACCAGUGCAGCCCACAGCAGAUGGAUGAGAAUGGGAUGAGAGAGAAGUUGGGGUAGCAAUGACUUUUUUUUUUUUAUAUAUAUAAAUGUGCCAUAAUGUAUGUACACACACACACACACACGCAAGCAGUGAACUACUCUCUCUUCUGCCCUGUCAGUUCACUGCGAGAUGUUUUUUUUUUUGUUCAUUUGUUUUUUAGCACUGUUUUUGCAUCCAAGUGUUUACAAAGCUCGCUACGGUAGUUGGCCAGGGACACUGAGGAUGAUUCGACAAUAAUGUCAACAAAAAAAAUCUACACAUCUGCACUCUUGUGAAAAACAUUGCACACAGUAUCUUCUUUUUUCCACAAGAGCUGUUUGUACCUCCCUAUUUAUUAUCCUUGGUGAUGGCUUAAAUAAAAAUCAAAUCAACCACAAAA